GUUUGUCAUGGUGAACUUCCAGCCAAUGCGAUGUGUUCAGGAGAGAAUAAUAAAACCAAGCGAUGUCAGUGUAAAAAGGGAUAUAAAAUGAGUCUGGAUAUCGAUUGUACAUCGAAUGGCUCGGUAUUUUCCUGCCAGGAUAUAGAUGAAUGUGCAACCAAUAAUGGAUCGUGUGAAUAUAAAUGUCAAAAUGAACCUGGUAGUUAUAACUGUUCGUGUCCAGAGGGGUCUGAAUUACAGGGAAAUGGUUUGAAUUGUGGACCAAGUGGACCAGGCCCCUGUAUGUUCGAGAAUGCAACGGUGACUGGAGUUUCAAUUAAUUUCAAUAGAAUUUAUAUUGGCCGUGAGAAUGAAACAGAGUGUGAGAGGAGAUGUAACACAACCGUGGGAUGUACAGAUUGGUUGAGAGCUUUUGAAUUCUGUCGAAAUUACGGUCUUCCAAUUCUUCAAUUCGAAUUCCUUUCUAUCCGAAGCGUAGAUAUGUGCAAAAAACUUUGUGCCCAGAAUAAAAAAUGUGUAACUGCCCAAUUUCGAGAGGCGUGUACUCUGUAUGACUCGAAACAAACAGAAUUUGUUGAUGAUGGUGAGCCACAGACCGUUCUCCACAAGAUUGAUAGGAAUUGUACUUAAAUUUGCAAAUAAAUGGUUCAUAUUAAUAAAACGAAAUAGUAAGUGUU